AAUAACACACUUUUGCAACAUUUGAAUUCGUAUCAGCAAUUCCAAAUUCGCUGUCAGCCUACACUACAAUUAUUUUUUUAUUAUAAUGAAAACAAAAGACGUGACGUCAUCACAUAACGGUGUCCAAUGCCCCUCACGUGAAUGAUUUUGAAACCACAUUUUCAAUAUCCCAAAAUAUUUCAGCAAGAAUCUGCAACGAAUCUUCGUUAGACAACGCUUGUUCAUAUUUAUUUGGGAUAGACAUAGCUAUAUAAUCCUGCAUUCGGCAUACAUUAGAGCAGGUGCACCACCAGAUAACUGAGCAUCUGAUAUUCGCCGUUGGUCCUGCUGGGCGUUUGGAGGCGGCGCGCUGGUCAGACAGAAAUGCCGUAACAGCAGCAUCGAUAUCCUCACCCGAAGUGCAAGUUGUUCACCUGGACCCGCGUAACGAGAUCGAUUUGAAGCCACAUUUGACCACAGACUGGGCUGGUGCGGUCUAUUUGAUGGUGACAUCGUUUGUUGCUUUUUUGUGGGGAGCAGCAUCUGGAAUAUUGUAGGAUGCAAAGGGGUUUCCCAGGGGGCCUGUGAAGAUGAGCGUGACAUCAUGGUUCCUGGUCAGCAGCUCUGGCACCCGCCACCGUCUUCCACGAGAGAUGAUCUUCGUGGGCCGGGAGGACUGUGAGCUGAUGCUGCAAUCUCGAAGUGUGGACAAGCAGCAUGCCGUCAUCAACUACAACCCUGCUACCGAUGAGCACCUGGUCAAAGACCUGGGCAGCCUCAAUGGAACCUUUGUGAAUGACCUGAGGAUCCCAGACCAGAUUUACAUUACCCUCAAGCUGUCUGAUGUCAUUCGCUUCGGAUACGAUUCCCAUGUGUACCUCCUGGAGAAGAGCCAACACAAAGUCCCAGAGGAGGCACUCAAGCAUGAGAAGUACACCAGCCAGCUGCAGAUGGGUCUGAGAGCCUCAGAGGGGAAGAGGGCUGAGCACCUGGAUGACAGGUCCAAGCUAGAGAAGACAGACAGGAAAUCUCUGUGUCAAGAGACUCCAACCUCCCGGCCCACUCCAUUGUAUGGCCAGCCCUCAUGGUGGGGGGAGGAGGAUGCGGCCAGCAAAAGACAACACAGUGAGGGACAUCGGUCAGAGGAGGGUCACCCAGAGAUUCCUAAAGAAGGUUCAGCGUUAGAUUCAGAGGUGAAUGGCUCCUUGUUAGAGUACAGGGACGCCCAGGGAAAGUCCAGCUUCUCCUACCAUCGGGAGCCCAGCUACUUUGAGAUCCCUACCAAGGAGUUUCCGCUGCAUCCCAAGUCCCCGGGGGGCAGAGCUCCACGAGAUUCCCACCAAGGACACGGACACGCCCCUUGCCCCUUCCACCCCCACCUCGUCCACUCCCCCCCGUGGUGCAGAGCCACGCCUCCUUCACCAGAGUUUGACGACUGCACCCCAGGCAAGAUCAAGAUCAAGGACCAUGUCACCAAGUUCUCCUCGCGCCAGAGGAAACAGCAGCAGGUGUCGGGCAAAACUCUGGCCACCACGCCCACUGAGGAGAUGUCAGCCGAGUGCAAGGUAGCAGAUUGGUUGGUGCACAGUGAUGUCAGAAUGAUGAGAAGGCGUCCAACGUGUGAGGAUGUUUACAGUGUCAAGAGUGACCAGGCCGUAAACAUCAAGAGCCUCAAAGGACACCAGCAUGACGAUGGGACCCAGAGUGAUUCUGAGGACCCGGUUUUAGGGAAAGGGAAGCAAAGCAAGUCACACCACCGAAUCCAGUCGCAACAUUCGAUCCAGUCUGAGCUUUCCCAGUCAGAGCUGUCAGAACCGUCACAACAGACUGUGCGGUCAUACCAAUUAGUUCCGUCACAGCAGACAGUCCAGUCGCACCAUUCAAUUCAGUCUGACCAGUCAGUGCCGUCACAACAGACAGUGCUGUCAGUCCAACCACACCAGACAGUCCAGUCAGUUCCAUCACAAAUGUUACUCCAGCCUCAGUUUUCUCCUCCCAAACAGACCCCAGUCUCUCCUGUGGUCCCUGAGAGGCCCUUGUCUGAAAGCCCGCCUGAGGUUCGCUCCCCCACCAUGGGCCCCUCUAAACCCGACCCCCAGGAGCAACUCAGCCAGCAAGCAUUCAUCAUCGAGUUCUUCGAUAACCCGCGCAAAAAACGCUCCCAGUCCUUCACGGCCAACCCCGCCCACGCAGACUCUUACUCCACCCUCAAGGCCAAGCUGGAGCGGCGGAAGGGCGGGGAGAGGCCAAACUCCAUGCAUGGACACAUCCCCCCCACCCAGCAGGUGACUGUUCCUCUGAAGGGCCAGGGCCAUGGCGGGCCUCUGAGGUCGAGCUCCCUGAAGAGGGAGAAGACAGAGGAGCCCCUGAGUGGAGGUAGUGCCUCCUCUUCCUCCGGUUCUGGGCCUUCCUCUCGUGCUUCUUCUGGCAUCACCAUCAAGCUGUUUGGCAGUGUGGGGAAGAAGACCAAGAUGGCCCAGGAGUUUGCAGCAGAGUUCCUGAUGAAGGAUGCAGCCCAUAGAGCAUUGUCCCCCACCAGAGAUAAGACGUCUCCUCCCAUGUCCGCUCCCCCGGUGAUGAUGAUGUCACCCUCUCGCACCCGCAUUCCGUCUCCCUUAGACCCCCCUUCUUCUGUUUCCUAUCCCUCCACCCCCUUGCAAACUACAGCACCACGUUCCUACUCUCCAACUCCUGCCCCUCAUUCCCCAGCCCUAGCCCUUUCUCAGCCCCCGUCCCGCAGCCCUGUCCAGACUGCCUCUCCAGUUCGCUCAGCCGUCCCCUCCACGACCCCUCUAAUGCCGCUGGGUCUGGGGGUGUGUGGGGUGGACCCAAAAGCCUCCAGGGUGGUGAGGAACGAAGAAGAGGACAGUCUGAGUGAUGCCGGCACGUACACCAUUGAAACAGAGUCCCAGGACAAAGAGGUAGAGGAGGCUCGCAACAUGAUCGACCAGGUGUUUGGUGUCCUCGACUCACCGGAGUACAGUGGUGCCGGAGUGUAUAGACCCAUCAUUAAUGAUGGCAAGGACGAGCCGGCAAUGCUCCGGCCUAGUGACGCUAGCACUGUGGAUCAAAUGAAAGCAGUGUCUAUGCAUGGCUUUAACCCAGCCGCUCUCAGUGGGGCCCCCUCAGGCCCCUUCCAGGUGCCGUCUUCUAACACUGCAGCGCAGGAGGAGGGGCCUAAGUGGGUUUCUCGCUGGGCCAGUCUGGCAGACAGCUGUGCAGAACCAGACUGUACUCCACCUCAAGGGGAAUUUGCAGACGGAGAUUUACGAUUGAUGAGUCGGUUGAUGCCUAGCCACAGCGUGGAUAUCUCUGAGUCAGAGGGGAGCCAGAGUUGUAGGAUCAGGAGGCUGCUUCCCCAGGUUCCCCCUGGAGACGGAGACAAGCCAGAAAGCCCCACCCCCAGCCCUGAUCCGCCACGAACCCCCCCUACCCAGGCCCAGAAACCCCCCCUGGAGAGGAGUAGUGGUACGCCUCGGCAUCAGGACUCCACCCAGAGGCUGUGCAUCCAGGAUGAUGUAGACCCAGACAGCUUGAGUGAUGCCAGCCGCUCUGACGAUGGCUCUGUACUGGAGAGGACCAGGAAGAGCCAGGGGAGGACGAGUGGCGCUACCUCGCCCGGGGACGCUGGACCUCACUAUAGGGGUCAAGAUAAGCUAUCUCCAACUCAGCCUACCAAGUCCACCUCUUUUUACAUUGGUUCUGAGGAAUGCAGCUUAGGCAAGUCGGACCUGGCCCGAAGCCCUUUUCUGUCUCAGGGGCCUGAUAGGGGGCGAGAUGCCCCUGCCAAAACCUUCCCCACCACCGUCCUCAUCAGGCACCUGAGCAGCCACGAGCCCCGGAGGUUGGGCAUCAAGCCGAACAACUCAGCCCCCAACCUCCACUCCCAGCAGGACAAGGAGUCUAAAGACCCCAGUAAAGAUUCUCUAGGGACUUCCUCGUUCGUCAGGCAGGAGAGCUUCACCAAGGAGCAACCCAGUGACGACAUCCAGAUUAAGAGGCUCCCCCACAUCUCCAGUCACCCCACCCUGAGGGACAUGGAGCAGAGGAGAGAGACUGCAAAGGACCCACAGCCCUUCCUCCGGGAAGCAGCAGACGCCUCUCUCUCCUCCCUGGAGGUCAAGUUACCCUCCUCAGGCUCCGGACACAGUUCUAAGAGAGGAGGUUCCUCCAGUCACAUGGACGACUCUCUGUCUGGGGAAUCCGAUGUGGAUACAGCCAGCACCGUCAGCCUGGUCAGCAACAAGAACACCCACGUCACCACAGGCCCCAAGAAGAGGACGGCUGCCAGGUCCUCCUCCAGUCCAUCUGUCCAGGAGAAGGGCCACCGCCAGCCCACGGCCCGCGAGCGCCUGUCAGAGAAACGCCGCAGCCACGCAGCUGCCGGUGAUAACUCCAGCAGCAAGGCCGAGCAGGCCAAGCGCUUCCAGAUGCAGCGCAGUACGGGGAACUGCGGUUCCCUGGAGCUAUCAGAGGACCAGCAGAGUUCUGGCCAGCACUGGCCUGACACUGCCUCUGACCAUGAGACCGGCUCCCGGCCCGCCAGCCGCAACAAGAAGCUCAUAGCUCCCCUACAGAAAGAGGACAAUGGGAAGACCCCCAAGAGUGCAGCACAGCAGGCACUGAUCCGCUCCAACAGCCUGUCGGCACCACGGCCCACCAGAGCAUCCAUGCUGCGCAGGGCGCGCCUGGGAGAGACCUCUGACAAUGAUGGUACUGAGACUGACCGGGGAUCCCAGAACUCAGACCACAUCGUUGCUCCCUCCAAGGUGUCUGCUGACGGGAAGAAGCUCCUCUCCAGACUGGACAUCUUGGCCAUGCCCAGGAAGCGAGCAGGCUCCUUCACUACGCCUAGUGACAACGAGUCCUCCAUCACCACCCCUUCAACCCGGCCUGGCUUCUCCAACCGGAGUGCAGAAUCAACUGGGCCGGUCAGGAAGACAUCAGUGGGUGAAGCAGGGGCAAAGCAGGGGGCCACAAGAGGGUCUGGAGCCCCUGGGAAGCAGCCCCUCACCCGCACACGCUCCAGCGGGACUAAAUACUCCAGCACAACCAGUUCCCGUCAAAGGCAGAAGGGUUCAGACUACACCUCCACAUCUGAAGAGGAAUAUGAGGCCAGCUCUGGAACCCCCAAACACAAACGCUCCUCCCACAUGUCUGCUGCCACACAGACCCCCCGGGCCAAGAAGGAGAAAGCGGCUGCAGAAGUUGCCCGGUCCAAGUCCGGCUCACUGGAGUUGGAGGUGGACGAGGUCCAGAAUGAGGAUGACCACUACCAGAACUGGACCACACACAGCGCCGAGAUAGCAAAGCUCAGUCAGGACUUGGCCAAGGACCUUGCCAUCCUGGCCCGUGAGAUCCAUGACGUGGCGGGGGACGGGGACUCUCAGAGUUCCUCUGGAAUGGGCACCAACCCCUCCCCCAGCUCUGCACCCAACACGCCCGGGCCCGCAUCCACCAUCCCCAUUUCUAGCCGGGAAGAGAGGCCAUGUGCAUCUUUGCGAGGGGUCCUCCCAUCUCAGCUGGUCCAACAUAUUCCUGAGGCCAGCUUAAACUACCAGAAGGUUCUACUAUCGCCAGGUUCUACCGCUGUCAUGGACCUGGAUCCUAACAUGAAUGACCAAGACCCAAGCUCUAAGCCACGGUGGAACCGUGAAGAGGUGAUUUUAGACAAUCUGAUGUUGAACCCUGUUUCUCAGCUCUCUCAGGCCAUUCGGGAGAACACAGAACAGCUGGCUGAGAAAAUGAAGGUUUUAUUCCACAACAAGACUGAGGCCUGGGAGGAGAUCGAAGCGAAGAUCAAUGCUGAAAACGAAGUCCCCAUCCUCAAAACAUCAAAUAAGGAAAUCUCUUCCAUCCUGAACGAGCUGAGAAGAGUACAGAAACAACUAGAAAUGAUCAACAGCAUUGUGGAACCCGGUGGAGCUGGCAGUGGGAACCCUAAGGUGGCAGCAGUGGCUACUGCUUCAGGAGGACAGACCACCAGGUCCCCCUCGCGGCAGAAGAAAUCCCCCAGUAAGCCCACUGGGCCUGGGGACAGACAGCGUGGUGCUGGCCCUUCAACCAGCCCCACCACCUCCAAACCCAACGCCAACGAAAGCACCAAGAGGACCACUCGAGGCCCCAAAGGGGCAAACUUUAUGGCCUGAUCAGAGUUCCCAGGUUUCUGUAGCAUCUGCUGGUGGCGACUGCCUCCCUUCACCACACUGUCAUUUGUAAUGUAAAACUAUCAUGAUAUACAGUAUACUGUAUCUGUUUUGACUGGUAAAGGUGUACUGUAAUUGAGUACCGUUGUAACUGAGUACCACUGUUUAGAAUGGCUUCUUCCACAUUUGUACAAGCUCAACUAAAAGUAGGCAAAGCUGAGUAAAAUAAGUUGUAACUUGUUGCUUUAAUAGGUGGAUUGUGUACAAAAUAAUGUCCAUAUGCCUUGUCUACUUGUCCUGUACAAUGUGUAGUAGCUCAGUACUGUAGGCUUGGCCAGAUGCCCAAGACGAGACAGGCUACAUUCUUGCACCAACUUUGUUACCAUAGUAAUAAUCCUGAUGAAAACAGUCCUAGGUGUCCAUGAGAACAUGUGAUGCACUACUUCAAUGACAUGGCAAAACAGAGCAGCAUUAGAGAGGUUGGUUGCAGUGUUCUGUGCUUGUCUUGUAAAAUAUGAUUCAUUGAAUGUUGCUGAAUGACUUGGAUAUUUUACUGCUUGGGAAAAAAGCUACUGAAUGAACUGACGGACCACCAGUCUCCCUUUUCUCAACUUGAUUGUCUGAUAUUGUGAAUAUGCUGAAGAUUUGUUCUAUAUAAAUGCUGUGCGUACAGAAUGUUAGGAUGGUGUGUCAUACAAUGUUCCAGAUCCCAAAUAAAUGCAGUAUACACUAUACAGCAUCAGAAAGAGGGGAAAGAGCAUACUUAGAAGGCCAGCAUCCCAGAGUCGCCUCUUCACUAUUGACGUUGAGACUGGUGUUUUGCGAAUACUAUUUAAUGAAGCUGCCAGUUGCGGAAUUGAGAGGCGCCUGUUUCUUAAACUAGACACACUAAUGUACUUGUCCUCUUGCUCAGUUGUGCAUCGGGGCCUCCCACAUCUCUUUCUAUUCUGGUUAGGGCCAGUUUGUGCUGUUCUGUGAAGGGAGUAGUACACAGCGUUG